AUGGCAUUCAACAAAGUCUCACAAUUUACCAUCUUUCGCGGCCCUGGAAAGCCAACCGCUUUUACAUGGUCCCCCUUCGUCAUUAAACUCGAAGCUCGUCUUCGCUUCGCCGGUGUGUCCUACAGGGUAGCCGAAGGAUCACCAAAAACUGCACCGCGAGGAAAGAUUCCUUAUGUUGAGGUUGAGGGAGAGAGUUUAAGCGAUUCGACGUUUAUCAUUAAGCGCUUUAUCGACGAGUGUCUUAUUCCUGAUCUCAAUGCAAGCUUGACGCCUGUUCAAAAAGCACAAGAUCUUGCAUUUAGAGCUCUUAUGGAAGAAAAGGUUUACUUUUAUGGUACACGUGAGAAAUGGUGCGAUAAUUAUUACACCAUGCGCUCCAACAUUUUUGCUUCCAUGCCUUGGCCUCUGCAAGUUGUCAUAGGAUAUCUCGCUGCUCGAGCCAACGCGAGAACUGCGUAUGGACAAGGAACGGGUCGUUUGACGGACGAUGAAGUCACAGGGUUGAGAGAGGAAGUCUGGGAGAGUGUUGAAGCUUUAUUAGCGGAGGCGAGGAUGCGACACAGUGGAGAUGGGCCGUUUUGGGCUCUUGGCGGUGAUGAACCUACAGAGGUUGAUGCGACAAUCUUUGGGUUUAUUGCUUCGUCGUUAAUUUGUGAAGCAGCUCCGACUUCUGCGGCUAUCAUGAGGAAGCAUUCGAGUUUGAUGGAGUAUGCGGGGACGAUUCAUGAGAGGUAUUUUCCUGACUAUGAGCGAUGGGAGUGA